AUGGCUGGGGCCUCGUUGCUCUGCUUCCCGUCGCCGUUACGGGAACUCGCUGUCUUUCAGAUCCUUCCAGAGGUAACGCCAGAGAUUGUUCCAGGCACAGAGGAGAACAGGACCGUCUACAGAGCUCGCAUCCCCAGUGCUGGCUCCUUCCGCUGCUCCGAAACGGGGCUUGGCUUUGAGGUGAGCGCAGCAGUGACCGUCGAGUACAAAUACGGCUCCUGGGCGGAGAGUCUGAGCCCGUCUGCCCGGCAGGAGUGGAUGGUCGCCGGCCCCCUGUUCCACAUCAGGGCCGAGCCCAACACGGUGCGAGCCGUGCACCUCCCCCACUUCGUGUGCCUUGCAGAUGGAGGGGAUUUAAGUUCAUGCCAAAUCGCCCAUUUUGAAGCUGGCCACAUGACCCUGGAAACUCCAACGAGAAUCCAUCUCUUCCAUGUUGUCCUGGAGAAUCCCAGCUUCUCCCAGCUCGGCGUGCUUUGGAGAAAGAUACGUUCGACCGUAACGUUUAUUCCCAUCCAUUCCCUUGUGCUGAUCUACCGGGCACUCAGGGCUGCAGACAUAACUCUCCACCUCUACCUGAUCCCCAACGACCACUCACUCAGGAAGGCCAUUGAAGAAGAAGAAACCAAGUGGGAGUCAAAGCUCGUUCCCAAACCUCCUCAGACCAGUGCGCUGUACUUUGGAUCUCAGUAUGAGGUGUCUGGUACAUCAGAGCUAAAGAUAACACCUGACCACCUGGAGCUCUGCUAUAGAAGCCCCGCAGACCAGCAGUCCUAUAUUGAGCUCUACAUGACGGAUAUGGAGGAGGAGAUCAAGCUUCACAUGAAAGACAGAAAAGAUGGGAAAUUGGUUUGGAAGACGUUUGUGAGGCCAGGGGACGUUAAAAUUCCUGCAGCAUCCUCCCAAACACUCCCAGCUCGAGGCGAGUCCUUUGUGAAGAAGCACCGGAAGCAGCUCCGUCGUCGAAUGGGAGUGAUCUAUCCCAUCCUGGCGCGCUUACGGGACAUAGGGGCAAUGAACAGUGAUGAAGAGGAGGAGGUGCUUAGUAUGCAGAACAAACAAAAGGUGAUGAACGAGGCCUUACUGCAGCUGGUUGAGCGGAAAGGAGCUCGGGCCCAAGAAGAACUCUACCAGAGUCUCAGAGAGACGGACCCUUACCUUGUACAGGACUUGGAACAAUCCAGCUAGGGCCUGGAGAUCCCGCUGACAGCCACCUGUGCUCCUGGCAGCUGCCCCGGCCAGUCUGGGGUGUGAACAUAUUCUUCCCUUUGUUACUUACGCAGCAUCAUAAAGCUGGUGUGAUACGAGGAGCUUUUCAUCACUGUGACCUUUAGGCCACCGCUACCUCUCGCUCUUCCUUGGUCUCUCAGCAUUUCUUCUUGGGAUCUACCUGCUCUCAUCUUGUCCUACUGACAGUCUGGGGGAGCAUGUCCUUCUGUCCUCUAGACAAAAUAGGGGUCUUAGGCUCCUGGCCGUUAGUACCUUGUAGACCCCUUUGUGCAAGGUUUCUGCAUGUUUUCUCCUCAGAGACUGAAGAAGGGGUUGCAUCUUUCCAAACAUACAGCCGAUCUCUCAGUUAACCAAGCUUUAUUUGGAAUGAAAGAGAGGAACAUUUUUAAAUAAAUCAUUUUUUCUCAUA